CCACCCAAUACCCCCCUCUUUCUAUAUCAAGAGCUUCCCGAGUCGGCAAAGGGAUCCCAGCGGGUAGAGCGUUAGGGAAGGGAAGGGAAGAGAGAUGGCUUUGAACCCACAGCUCUUCGCCAACGGGAUGCCCGUCCCCUUCGUUGGCGAGAUGUUCGUGCUCGCCAGGGAUGGCGUCGAGUUCGAGAUCGACAAGAUCGCCGGAGCAAAUGGUGGUCAUGUCAAGGCAAAGGGAACUAUUUACUUGUCAAACAUAAGGAUGGUCUUUGUUGCAAAGAAGCCUGUAGGGAGCUUUGUUGCUUUUGAUUUGCCUCUGCUUUUUGUGCGAGGAGAGAAGUUUAACCAGCCAAUAUUUCAUUGUAAUAACAUAUCUGGAUUUGUGGAGCCUGUAGUUCCAGAGGGUGAGCACAGGGCUCUUUACUCAACACAUUCAUUCAAGAUCUUGUUCAAGGAAGGUGGAUGUGGAACUUUUGUCCCUCUGUUCUUAAAUCUAAUUGCAACUGUGAGGCAAUAUAACCAGCAUGCAGCAGCUUACCCUGCUCAUGAAGCUGCGCCCCGCAUGGACCCACUGCAAGCUGCUCAGACUCCGGUGGAUGAAAUGAUGAGACAUGCGUAUGUGGAUCCAAACGACCCGACUAAAAUCUUCUUGCAGCAGCCGACACCUGAAUCUCAACUGAGGCGAAGAACCUACCAUCCUCAGUCUGCUGAGAACUCGUACUGAGUGUGAAAUCAAGCCAUCUCAUGCAAUAAUGAAUACAGAUUCUGAUGUUAUUAAGCUCUUACAUGUGUAUCUUUUCAUAUGACAGAUGUGAAAAUGGGUGUUGAAAACAUUUGGUAAUAUGUUAGUAGUAAAAUUGUAUGUGAAGCUGAUAUUUUGCUUGCA